AUGCGAUUGUGUGAAGCACUGUCGUUAAAGUUUUCUGAUACCAAGGAGCAGGUGUUGAUGGGCCUAUUGUCUCGAGAAAUGGCCAACACGUUAUUGAUGGCUUCACAUGGGGAUACUGACGAAAUGUUGAGAGACAUUUCUACGGUUGAGCGUGUUAAUAAUGGACACAGGACCUAUUUCUCGAUAGACGCUGUGUAAUGGAGGACCAAACAUCCAGGUAACUGGGAGCACAGUAACAGACCCAGUGGUGGAAAAACAGUAGUACAAUCUACUCCGGUUCCAACCGACAGUCGACUUUUAACUUCGAAUGCUGACGUUCAGUACUUUAAAUUUAAGUCUUUGGGUCAUUUUCAGAAGGAAUGCACGGCAGAAAAAGAAAAUACAAUAAAGGAAAAGACAGCGAAGUGUCCCGAUUGUAGAUGGGAAAGUGGGAAGCACCACUGGAAGUGCACAGUGGUAAGUAAGGAAAACCCUUUCCACAAAGAUACCCUACUUAUUGAACCAUAUACUACAGAAACAAUGGUGGAUAAAACGAGGGAAGCCCUUCUAGUAAGUUGUCAAAAAUUAGCAACCGCCAGACCACCCAGGGUAAAUCAUAACAGACCGCGGCACAUGUUUCACAGAUUAUCUAUUUGAGGACUACUACCGGUUUGAGGGAAUUCGACACAUACUUAAUUCAACCCGACAUCCUCAAGCGAAUGCGCAGGUAGAACGUAUGAACCGUACACUAUUACCAAUGCUAGUUAUCCAGGCAUCCGACAAUGUUCACUGGGAUCAGAAAGUUCAAGAUGUGGUGAGGGAUGUGAAUUUUUCAAUUAAUAAGCAAACAAAAUAUACACCAUUUGAAUUGCUUUAUGGUUACAUACCACGGUAUCAUAGUGGAGCGUUACGUUCUUUGUUUCAACCUGAGUCUAAGUGGAAAAGCCCGAGGGAACUACAGAACAUGUUCCGAAACAAUAUUCUAAACGCUCAGUCCGAAAUAAAGAAGCGAUUUGAUCAAAAGCGUUGCGUGAAUGUCAAGAUCAUGGGGAAGUUGUCAUCAUAUUGAAGCAACCUGGGCUGGGUGAAUCAUCCAAGCUUGAACCUAAGUAUCGAGGACCCUUUCAGAUUAUUGAAGUAUUGCCGGAAGACACAUACCGUAUGGCCAAUUUAAGAAGAGAAUCUGGUUCAUUUUGUACUACUGCGCAUGUCUCCCAACUCAAGUCUGUCCAGGUUCUGACUGAGAGGUCUGAUAGAAGUAACAUUGAAGAACAGUCAAUAGAUACCCAGUUUUCAGAUGAACAAAUGCCAGAAGAAGUAUAA